AUGAGGUUCGGUUGGCUAGAGGUCGCCGCUCUGACGGCUGUUUCUGUAGCUAAUGCUCAGGAAUUGGCUUUCUCUCCACCAUUCUACCCUUCACCUUGGGCUGAUGGCCAGGGAGAGUGGGCGGAUGCCCAUCGGCGCGCUGUCGAGAUCGUUUCUCAGAUGACACUGGCGGAGAAGGUUAACCUUACAACGGGUACUGGAUGGGAAAUGGACCGAUGUGUCGGUCAAACCGGCAGCGUUCCCAGACUUGGUAUCAACUGGGGUCUUUGUGGCCAGGAUUCCCCUUUGGGUAUCCGUUUCUCUGAUCUCAAUUCCGCCUUCCCUGCUGGUACUAAUGUCGCCGCGACGUGGGACAAGACACUCGCCUACCUUCGUGGAAAGGCCAUGGGUGAGGAAUUCAACGACAAGGGCGUGGACAUUCUGCUGGGGCCUGCUGCUGGUCCUCUCGGCAAAUACCCCGACGGUGGUCGAAUCUGGGAAGGCUUCUCUCCUGAUCCGGCUCUCACCGGUGUACUUUUCGCCGAAACUAUCAGGGGUAUCCAAGAGGCUGGUGUGAUUGCUACUGCCAAGCAUUACAUCCUGAAUGAACAGGAGCAUUUCCGACAGGUUAGCGAGGCCCAAGGAUAUGGGUACAACAUCACGGAGACUCUCAGCUCCAACGUGGAUGACAAGACCAUGCACGAGUUGUACCUUUGGCCCUUUGCAGAUGCUGUGCGCGCUGGCGUUGGCGCUGUCAUGUGUUCCUACAACCAGAUCAAUAACAGCUACGGUUGCCAAAACAGUCAGACUCUCAACAAGCUCCUCAAGGCCGAGCUGGGCUUCCAGGGCUUCGUCAUGAGUGAUUGGAGCGCUCACCACAGCGGUGUCGGCUCUGCCCUCGCUGGGUUGGAUAUGUCGAUGCCCGGAGACAUUACCUUCGACGACGGCCUCUCCUUCUGGGGCACGAACCUGACUGUCGGUGUUCUUAACGGCACCAUUCCGGCUUGGCGUGUCGAUGACAUGGCUGUUCGUAUCAUGACCGCGUACUACAAGGUUGGCCGUGACCGUCUCCGUAUUCCCCCUAACUUCAGCUCCUGGACCCGGGAUGAGUACGGUUGGGAGCAUUUUGCUGUCUCCGAGGGAGCCUGGACCAAGGUCAACGACUUUGUCAAUGUGCAGCGCAGUCACUCCCAGAUCAUCCGUGAGAUUGGCGCGGCUAGUACAGUGCUCUUGAAGAACAAGGGUGCUCUUCCUUUGACCGGCAAGGAGGUUAAAGUGGGUGUUCUCGGCGAAGACGCUGGUUCCAACCCGUGGGGUGCUAACGGCUGCCCCGACCGCGGCUGUGACAACGGCACUCUUGCUAUGGCCUGGGGUAGUGGUACUGCUAACUUCCCUUACCUUGUUACCCCGAGCAGGCUAUCCAGCGCGAGCCAGAUAGCAGAUGUCGCAUCUCAAUCCAGCGUGUCUUUGGUUUUUGUCAACGCAGACUCCGGUGAGGGGUUCAUCAACGUCGACGGCAACGAGGGUGACCGCAAAAAUCUCACUCUUUGGAAGAAUGGCGAAGCCGUCAUUGACACUGUUGUCAGCCACUGCAACAACACGAUUGUGGUUAUUCACAGUGUCGGGCCCGUCUUGAUCGACCGGUGGUAUGACAACCCCAACGUCACCGCCAUCAUCUGGGCCGGCUUGCCCGGUCAGGAGAGUGGCAACUCCCUGGUCGACGUGCUCUAUGGCCGUGUCAACCCCAGCGCCAAGACUCCAUUCACCUGGGGCAAGACUCGCGAGUCUUACGGUGCUCCCUUGCUCACCGAGCCUAACAAUGGCAACGGCGCUCCCCAGGAUGAUUUCAAAGAGGGCGUCUUCAUCGACUACCGUUACUUUGACAAGCGCAACGAGACCCCCAUUUAUGAGUUUGGCCAUGGCUUGAGCUACACCACCUUUGGUUAUUCCCACCUCCGGGUUCAGGCCCUCAAUAGUUCGAGUUCGGCCUAUGUCCCGACUAGCGGAGAGACCAAGCCUGCGCCAACUUAUGGAGAGAUCGGUAGUGCCGCCGACUACCUGUAUCCCGAGGGUCUCAAGAGAAUCACCAAGUUUAUUUACCCUUGGCUCAACUCGACCGACCUCGAGGAAUCUUCGGACGACCCGAACUACGGCUGGGAGGACUCGGAGUACAUUCCCGAAGGCGCUACGGAUGGUUCUCCUCAACGCCUCCUGAAGGCUGGCGGCGCUCCUGGUGGCAACCCUACCCUUUAUCACGAUCUUGUUAGGGUAUCGGCUACCAUCACCAACACUGGCAACGUCGCCGGUUAUGAAGUCCCUCAAUUGUAUGUUUCCCUAGGCGGACCGAAUGAGCCUCGGGUCGUUCUGCGCAAGUUCGACCGAAUCUUCCUGGCUCCUGGGGAGCAAAAGGUCUGGACCACGACUCUUAACCGUCGUGAUCUCGCCAACUGGGAUGUGGAGGCUCAGGACUGGGUCAUCACCAAGUACCCCAAGAAAGUGCACGUCGGCAGCUCGUCGCGUAAGCUGCCUCUGAGAGCGCCUCUGCCCCCUGUCCACUAG